AUGAGAUCUCUCCCCAAUAUUGUGAUCACCGGUACCCCCGGAACCGGAAAAUCGUCUCACUGCGACACCCUGGCCUCGGAGCUGCCCGACAUGAAGGUUUUCUCCAUUAACCAGGUGGCUAAGGACCGAGACUGCUUCGACGGCUACGAUGAGGAGCGAAAAUCCCACAUUGUGGACGAGGAGAAGCUCAUUGACGCCAUUGAGCCCGACCUGGAGAAGGGCGGCCUCAUCAUCGACUGGCACGUGUGCGAUAUCUUCCCCGAGGACCUAGUUGAUCUGGUUAUUGUUCUGCGAGCAGACACCGAGAAGAUCUACGACCGACUCCAGAAACGAAACUACGCGGAGACUAAGCUGCAGGAGAACCUAGACGCCGAGAUCAUGGAAGUGGUCCUCUCUGAUGCCCGAGAGUCUUACGCUGAGGAAGUUGUCAUUGAGCUUCCCAGUAACACUAUUGACGAUAUCGACUCGAACGUCAGCCGUAUUGUCAGCUGGAAGGAGCAGUGGGUUGCUGACAACAAAUAA